AUGAGUAACAAUGCAACAUCAACAUCACUCGUUUGCUUUAUUGUAUGUGAUGGUGGACCAGCAGGUCAUUUCGCAGCCUUUGCAACCAAUCUUUUCAAUCAAAAUGAAUUACAAAUCAUCAUAUAUGCAACAGAACCAGCUCUAACUAAAUUAAAAAAUUCACAUUUGCCAAAUGAUAUUCAACUUCUUUCAUUCACAGUUGAAGAUGGCGAUCGUAAACAACAAGAACAAGUAGCUACGCAAUUAAUUGAUAAUUGUUUGAAACAAGGUGCACAUAGUAUCAUUAUUGACAUUGGCAAUAAAUUUGAUGCAAUAUUUCAAUUAGUUUCAUCAAAACGAAAUCUUCCUACUGAUAUGAUUCGUUUCUGGUGUUAUUAUGAUAAUCCAGAACCAUACGUACCGGGUGGUUAUUCAAUUAAAACUGAAGAAACAAUUAAAGCAUCACAAUAUAUUUUAUUUGCCAAUAUGAAUUUGGCUAAAAUUGAUUCGAUUAUAUAUUCAUUACCUGAAAAAUCAAUCGAUCUAACAAAUAAAACUGUUCAAGGUAUUGGUUAUUAUCCAGUUGUAGAAGUUGAAAAAUUAUUACAACAACGUGAACUUGAAAGAGAUACUUUACGUGUACAAAAUAAUUGGACUAAUAUUAAACAUUUAUUUGUAUAUUUCGGUGGAAAUAAUGAUGUUUAUUUUGAUCAAGCAUUUCCUACAUUUCUAUCAAAUCUUUCACAGAUAGAUAAAAAUAUAAUUCAAGAUGUUUUAUUUGUACUUCAUCAACAUCCUGCUGCAAAAAAACAAAAUCGAGAUGGUCUUUUAUUUCAAGAAUGGUUAUCAAAAAAUAAUCAUAUUCAAGGAAUUUUAUCAACAUUAAAAACAAGUGAUCAAGCACAAAUAAUUGCUGAUGCUGCUUUAUAUUAUCAAACAAGUAUGGCACCACAAUUUGUUCUUCUCGGAUUACCAACAAUGCAAGUAGGACAUGAAAUUUAUCAUGAUAUUUUAGUUAAAUUUAAUUUAUGUUAUACGGCUACUAAUACAAUUGAAUUAGCUGUUGGAUUAACAAGUAUGAAAGAAAGAAGUUAUUCAUCGGAUAAAAUUCAACAAUCUAAAGAAUUAAUUUAUAAUGCUAUUGGAUAUACAUCGGAUUGGCCAAAAAAUCUUCAUCGUGUUAUCUUUGAUUAUAAAUAA